UGUCAACAAAGAUGGCUGAGUAGACUUCGUCUGGCAUGUUCCUACAAUGGAUAUUCUGGACGUCUGAGUGCUUAUGAACGAAUAAAAGCUGAACCAACAGAAUGGCUUCAACAUCUUCUGGUCAAGAUUCGGUUGUAGUCGACGGACUCGUGAACUACAUCAAAUCGGCUGGACUAUUUGAUCAGUUUCGACGAGACUGUCUUGCCGAUGUUGACACAAAGCCCGCAUACCAGAAUUUGCGACAAAGAGUUGAAGGAUAUGUUUCUAAUUUUCUGUCUCAACAUACAUGGUCUCCAAAUCUCAACAAAAAUCAACUUCGAGAUAGUCUCAGAAGACAAAUCAACCAAUCAGAAAUGCUAUCAACGGGAGUCGAAAGAAUUGUAGAGCAGGUUGUUGAGCCGCAGAUACAGCACGUCUUUAGACCACAAAUUGAGAAGGCUUUCAAUGAAUAUGUUGAAAAGAAGAAAGGAGAUGCUGAGAGUCGCAAAGAUGAGGAACUUCCAAACAAAACUGAGGAGAUUAGUGUACCCAUGGUAACCAGUGAGAAAGUUGAAAGUACAUGCAAAUCAGAGUUAUCAGCAUUACCAACAUCAACAGGUAGCUGUUUACUAGUCAUGUUUUGUUAAUAACAAAUAUCAUGCUUUGUAAAAUACCUUAUGACACUGUCACUUUAUGUGUGUAAUAGUUUUCAUUGUUAAGGCCAAGAAAAAAAAUUCUGUUUCUCAUUUUCACAGCCCA